AUGGACCGGCUCAGGUCGUUACCGCGGCUGAUAAUUCUCGACACGUCAGGGAACCCCGUGUGCUCAUCGCCGCACUUCCGACUGCAAGUCCUCUUCAAGAUCCCCACGCUUAAGGUUUUGGACGGCGUUGGUGUCGGCGGGACCGAGAAGAACGAGGCCAAGCUUAAGUUCAUCGGCAAGCUGACGGAGGAGGUGAUCUUCGGCAUGUACAACAGGGAAAAGGUUGAGACGAUCAAGUACCUAAACCUCAGCAAGAGCAAGUGGCGAAGUGUGGAGGUCCUCCCAACGUUGCCGUUCCGCUCCUUGCAAGAGCUCAACCUCGACAACAACUCUCUCGUUAGUUUCGCCGCGCUUGGCGCCCUUCGUUCUCUCGGCGUACUCCGACUCAGCUACAACAGGAUAGAUUCGAUCGGACAGGUCGAAAGCGAAAAUUCUGCUGGGGCGGCCGUCGAAGAACCCAUGUUUGCCAGGUUGGAGGUUCUCUACUUGGGAUUCAACCGGAUAACUGACAUAUCAGCUCUGGGCUUGGAAUGCAUGCACCAUCUUCUGGCCGUGGACUUGCAGGGCAACAACAUCGGCAGCCUUGGGGGGCUGAACCGCUGCCGCACGCUCGUAGAGGUUAACCUGGACGGGAACAAGAUCCGUCAGCUGGGUCCCCCCUCCGUUCUCAACGGCCUAGGGAACCUCCGGAAGCUCCGCCUGGAGGACAACGGGCUCAGGGUGCUGUCGCCGGGGCUGGGGGCCUCGACGCCGGCGCUGCUUAGCCUUAGCCUUGCGCAGAACCGGCUGUCCGACCCGGCGGAGCUUGACCGCCUGGGGGCGCUGCCGAACCUGAUGGAGCUUAGCGUCUGCGGAAACCCGAUGGCCAGGAGUGGAUUUUUUUGUGGCGAUCGCGGAGGAAAAGUUCCCGGCGGGGAAGAGUGCCUGGUGCAGGCCUUGACGCUCAAGUUAAAAGCGGGCCCUGCUUCUCCCGGGUCCCUCGCGGAAGUUGCUGGCGGCGUGGCGGUCGGUGGGCAGCACCGCGGCGGGGGGGGACAACCUCACCAUGGCAGCGUGAAGUGGGCGCCGCUUUCGACAGCACGGCGUAUUGGCUCGGGAGGGGGGCCGAAACGCCCGCUAAAACUUACGUCAAUGAACUUCUCGGCCUCGUCUACGAGCGAAGACGAGCGAGGCGGUACAGCCAGUCGAGGCGGAUCGCGAAUAGUGUCUGGUCUCGGGGAGGGUGUAGCUGGCAAUAUCAGUAGGACAAGCAUCGUAGGUGGAGACAAGCCUGGAGCGGUAUCGUUGGCAACGCUUGAUGUAGGGGCGAGGGUUUCGCCUGCAUUGCCGUACGGCAAGGUAGUGUCUCUGCCCUCGGGGGGCAGCGGUAUCGGGCUUAUUAGAGGAAGAUGA